AUGAUGGAGGACGUUUACUGCUUUUUUUUCCGAGAUUUCCGAAUUUCCGCCAUGAUAGUGGCGAGAAUCAUUGCUGAUGGACCCAUAGCCUCACAACAGUUCCGGAUUUUUCUGUCUUUGACGAUAGCGCUGCUCAACGACGAGCCGCACAACGCGCAUACUUUCCAGCGGUUAUUUUUCAUGAUUUUGUAUUUUUUUCUACUAUGUGCCUAUUCGCGAGCACAGACUGACGCUGUCCAGACGACCGCAAAGGCUGUGAGCGCAGUUUCCAACGAGGGCGGAAGCGGGCAGCCAAAAACCAAACGUGACCAGAAUGUCUAA